CCGGCUACCGGCCUGUAUGAGGUGACGGUGCGGUACCCAACCAAGGGCGGGCUUUUUAACGAGAAGGUGUCUGGCCACGACGUCUUGUUCCAGGCCAUUCCCGAUGCCGACAGGGAGUACCUGCGGCGGCAGAGCAAGGAUGUGCGCCUCUUCGAUGGCGGUUUGGACUACGUCGUCCAGGGGGCUUUUAUGCUGAUGGAGCAGCAGCGCCGGCAGGUGGAGGAGCUUGCUCGCCUUCAUGAAGCUGAGAAGAAAGCCGCCUCUGCUGACGAGGCGCUUUCCAAGUUGGAGCAGCUCCGGAUUGAGACUGGCUCUUUGAAGGAGAGGGCCGAUGCGGCUGAGAAGAGAGCCGUUGCUGCCGAGGACGAGGCGAAGCACCUCAAGGUUCAGUUGGACGAAGAAGCGGCUGCCCGUCGGCUGGCGGAGGAAAAGGCCUUGAAGCUAGAGGCCGACGCGACUGCAGCUGCUGAUAGAGCCGUUGAGCUCUUCAUGGCUGAGGGGUGGAAGGACGAGGCCCGAAGCGAUUGGGCUUUCGAUGUCGUGGCGGAGCGCUUUGAAGCGUGGUCUCAGGGAGAGGCUGGCCGAGCCCGCCUGAAGGAGGAGUUUGAAGUCUGGUAUGACCUCGGCCAGAGGCGUAUGCAGAUGUUGGUUUACCGCCGCCUCCGCCGGCGUGUAAAGAACCUGAAGCCCAGGGGUAUCGGCCUUCCUCGGAUGAUGAAGGACCCCGAGGAGGAGUUGAAGCUUCCUCUAUCCGAAAGGCAGCCCCCCAUCCUAAGCUCGGAUGAAGAAGACGAGCCCUGGACCGAGAGUGAUGAUUACCUCUUCCGGACCUCGACCAAGUCAAAAAAUACUGAGGAUGAGCAAGACGAUGCGGACAGCGGAGCCGUCGAGGGUGGCCAAGGACAAGCUGUUUAGUAUUUGUACUUAGCUUCCCC